AUGAUUGACCUCCGCAACAUUCCAAUCCAGCAAUCUGAAAAUAAGCUGACCUUGCGAAAAAUUGUCAAAACCGUUGGCGAUCUACUGGCACAACCUAUUUCUGAAUGUGAUAUCCGCGACGUACUAGUAAUCCGCAAUAAACCAAAAAACAAGGAUCAAAACACUAGCCCAAUCCUAGUGGAGUUUACUACAGUAUCUAUAAAAGAUAACCUUAUUAAAAAUACUAGAGAUUAUAACAAGCAGCAUACGGUUAAUAAAAUAAAUACCAGUAACUUGAAGCUACCAGGGCCCUCAUAA